GAACUAGGGCAAGCACAUGGCCAGGUUCUGUGUUUCCUGCCUGUGUCCAGCAUGUUGGCACUUCACUGUACCUUUAGUGAGUCUUUGUCCCCGUCAGCGCCUAGUACUAUUGGCCCUUUUUCUGGGAGCCAGUUUUGUGCUGCUUGCAGCCACUGCAAAUCUUUGGCAUUGGAGGGCUUUUGGCACUCAGGACAGGCAGUUUGAAAGGUACUUGGCACGGUUCCAGGACUUGGAGGCCACCGACACAGAGAAUGCGGCUCUGAAUUAUGGGGUGGUUGUUGACUGUGGGAGCAGCGGGUCCCGGGUCUUUGUGUAUUUUUGGCCACCACACAAUGGCAAUCCUCAUGAGUUGCUGGACAUCCGGCAGAUGCGCGAUCACAGCAGCCAGCCUGUUGUCAAGAAGAUCAAGCCAGGGAUCUCUACAGUAGCAACAACUCCAGACAAAGCCAGUGAUUAUAUGAGGCCGCUGCUCAGCUUUGCUGCUGCCCACAUACCCAGGACCAAGCACAAGGAGACCGUGUUAGUUAUUUUAUUUACUUUACAUUUACUUAUACAUAUUUGCAGGCAGCAGGCAGCGAUCCUGGAGGACUUGGUGAGGGACGUGCCCUUGGAAUUUGACUUCCUUUUCUCUGAGUCGCAUGCAGAAGUGAUCUCAGGGAAGCAAGAAGGUGUCUAUGCUUGGAUAGGCAUCAACUUUGUCCUGGGGCGAUUUGACCAUAAAGAAGAAGAAGAUGCACUGGUUUCGGUGACUCUUGCUGGCCAAGAAGAGCCUCUAUUGAGAAAGAGGACGGUUGGCAUCCUAGAUAUGGGAGGUGCUUCUCUACAAAUAGCAUAUGAGGUGCCUAGCUCUGCAGCCUUCUCUUCUCCACAGCAGGAGGAAGCUGGCAAGAGCCUUCUUGCGGAGUUCAACCUCGGCUGUGAUGCACAACACACAAAGCAUGUGUACCGGGUCUAUGUCAAUACCUUCCUGGGCUUUGGGGGCAACUUUGCUCGGCAACGCUAUGAAGAAUUGGUGCUGAAUCAGACCACCAUGCACAACAGGUUACAGGGUGAUCAGAGUGGGGCAGAUUCUAAGGUGCCAGUCUUGGAUCCUUGCCUGCCUGUAGGACUGGAGGAUUUUGUGGAGCAAGGGGGCCAGACCUUGCAUGUCAGGGGCCAGGGAGACUGGCAGACCUGUGCAGAGCGGCUGAUCCCACUGCUGGCUGGAGACAACAGCAACUGGACCUCACUAAGGAACACCUACCAAGCACCCAUUGAUUUUGCUAACAGUGAAUUCUAUGGGUUUUCUGAAUUCCACUACUGCACAGAAGAUGUGCUGCGUCUGGGAGGACAGUAUCAUGCACCCACCUUCACACGUGCUGCUCAGGAUUACUGCAGUCAGAGCUGGUCAUUACUAACACAGAGGUUCCAAGACAAGCUGUACUCAUCCCAUGCAGACCUGCAUCGUGUCAAGUACCAGUGCUUCAAGUCAGCCUGGAUGCACCAAGUCCUCCAUAAAGGGUUCAAUUUUCCUAUGGACUACUCCGGCCUGCGCACAGCUCAGUUAGUGUAUGACCGUGAGGUGCAGUGGACGCUGGGAGCCAUUCUUUAUAAGACCCGCUUCUUGCCACUCAGGGACAUCCGCCCCGAGGGCAUCCGUCCAGCACACAGUUCGUGGCUGCACCUUUCCUUUGUCUACAAUCACUACCUUUUCUUUGCAUGCAUUCUUGUGGUGAUGCUAGCGAUUGGACUCUACCUCCUCCGCCUGCGCCGCAUCCACCACCAGCAGCUCCACUCAGCAUCACUGGACCUGCUGUGGUUGGCAGAAGUGGGAUCACUGCCAGGCCAGGAACCUGGCAUUUGAUAACAGAACUACCUCUCAAAGACUGUUCAGUGGCUCUGGCUUUAACAAGCCCCGAAGCUGUGAUCAUUUAGUGUUUUAAACCAGAACUGUGGGGGGGCUCUAGGCUAAAACCAGGCCGUGUCUCCCUUGCCUCUUUGUUUGCAGGAGGAAAAAAAGCCCCACAGUCACAGUUUUAUCCUGUGCUAAAAGCCCCAGCCAGCACAGAAUAAAGAAAUUGCACAUACUAUGAAGCAGGGGGGAAAGAAGACAGCAGAUUGCUGUACUCACAGCAGAUCUGUAAGCGACCAAAGAGAACUUGAUUUACUCAGGAGAAAGAGAAGGAAGGACCUUGUGUUGGCAGGGUCUCAGUCCGAUUUUCAGGACCAAAUAUCUUCUCCAGUAUAGCACCUCUCUUAAGCAAAAAAUGGUGCUUGAACUCUGAGGCUAACCCUCUGUUCUCCUGAGUGUUAUUUUGAUACCUUUUAUAGGAAGACCAAGAGAAGAAGAGGACCACAAAGACCCUUUUUAGAAAAGGACUUAUCAUUUGCUGCUAUUUUCUGCCUCUUCUCCUACACAAGUGGGAGCCUAACCACCUCUUGUGCACAGGGAGAGUUUAGAUCUCUUUGGAAUCCUACAUUCCAUCUAAAUUAAGAAUGUUUGCAUCUGUUUUCUAGCUCAUCUUAAUUCCACCUUGAUUACUUCACCCAGUUCAACUUGUUUUAGUAAUACCUAGCCCUUAGAAUCAACUGUGGACUAGUUACGUAAUUUAUCUGUUUUAAAACUUGAACU